AUACUGGUAUAACCGGAAGUUCCUCUAUGAAUACAUUGGAGGUCAAAACCACGAAAAAUGAAAUAAGAAAAGUCUCCGUGUCCAAAAGGCACAUUGGGUCAUUUAUACAGUCACAUGGAAUGCAGAUACAUGUAAUGGAUAUCAUAAGAGCAUAUCUAAACUUGGCGGAUUGCAAUGCUAUUGAGAUGACUCCCAUUCUUAUGACUCUAUAGGGAUUGCCAUAAGCUUUUAAAAUGGCAACGAACAGCCAUGCUUCGGAGGCAUUCAAACAGUAUGUCCAGAAAGACCAAGAUGGUAGAUCUAUUUUGAUUGUUCCAGAGGGAAAAUACAAGGGAUGGGUGCCUCGAAUCAUUUACAGCAUGCAUCUAGAGGAUGUGUCGCUGCCAUUUCUGAGGCUGAUGUCAUUUCCUGUUGGUGGAACGUCCAUCGGCAAUUUGGUUGGAAUGAAGAAUUUCAGUGCUGUGGGCAAUUACCUAUGCCUUUUACCCAAAUCAUUUGGAACUUGCAAAUGUAUUGAGAAGCUGAAUGUUAGCUUCAAUCAUUUUCAACAGAUCCCUUCAUCAGUGUUUAAUUUGGAGUCACUGACUGAACUAGAUUGUAGCGACAAUGAAUUGGAAGUUCUCUCAGCGGACAUUGGAAAACUGAAAAAUUUACGUAUACUCAAAUUGGGGGGAAAUUAUUUGUCAGAGGUUCCAGGCGAAAUUAGUCAAUGUAAAAAAAUAGAAUACCUUGAGUUGUCAAGGAAAUGGUAUCCAAGAGAAGGAGGUAUGAAAGAGUUACCAAAAGCUGCCUGUGGGCUUAAGGAGCUGCUCUAUCUAGAUGUCAGUUGGCAUCAGAUUCAUACAAUUCCAGAUGAGGUUGGUAAUUUAACAAAACUGGAGUCCCUGAAUUUAAAAGGAAAUUUCCUCCGAAAUGUUUCUCCAAAUAUUGUCAGUUGCACAAGUUUAAGAGAACUGAAUUUGACAGGGGCAUUGAAGUUGAAUUCAUACAUUCCACCAGAGUUGCUGCAGCUGUCUGAACUCAGGACAUUAAACUUGAAUAAUAACUACUUUUCCCAAAUUUCUCCAAAAAUAAAUGGACUUAAAAAAUUGAAGCACUUUAUCAUGAGGAGGAAUGCACUAGUCAAUCUCCCAGAGACUCUUUUUGACUUGAAACAUUUAGAAAGUGUUGAGGUUGGUGACAAUUAUCUUGAAGAGUUGUCUCCCUCAAUAAAAAAAUUGAAGAAGAUAAAAACAUUAGAAAUGCGAGGGAAUAAGUUAACCUCACUGCCGGAAGAAAUCUGUGAUUGCUUGAGCCUUGAAUCGCUGUUGUUGUCGUUGAAUGAACUGAAACAACUACCAGAAAAUAUUUAUAGACUUGUUAACCUGAAGGAGCUAGAUGUUUCUCAGAAUAACUUGACCACCAUACCUCUGCUGUUAGACAAACUAGAAAUGAUUGGGCAGACGGGACUGCUAGAUUUAGGAGGCAACAGUAUUAAAGUUCCCCCACAGGAAAUCUGUGACCAGGGCACGGAUACUCUCUUUUCCUUUUUAAGGGAAUACAGAAUCGGUCACGCCAAGCACAGACGGAAAAUGAUUUUGAUAGGUGCUGCCAAGGCAGGAAAAACUAGUCUCAGAAAUGCAUUGAUUCUCGGUCGUUCAAAAUUAACAGCGGAGGAUGAAAGGACUUGGGUUCUAGAGCGUCACCUGUGGGAACCUGAACCAGACUUGAGAGUGCAGGUACUAGACUUUGGGGGCCAUCAUAUUUACUCUGCAGCUCAUCACAUGUUCCUGACCCCGGAGGCUCUACACAUCUUGGUGUUUGAUUUAAGCAAGUAUAGAUCAGAGCAUUAUGAUUCUAUGGUGGGAAAUUGGUUGGAUGCGAUUAUGGACAGAUCACCUGGGGCUGUCAUUGUUAUGGUUGGAACCCAUGUCGAUCUUUGCAAAGAGGAUGAAGUUGAUGAAAACUUGGAAGAUAUCAUUGAUAAGAUGAAGAAGGUUGAAGAGAAAAAGAUUCAGGAAAUAAAAAUUCAGUUAGUUCAAACUGAUGCUACGCUAAAUUCAUUGACCAAUAGAGACAGUAAUACAAAAUUUAAUAUUGAAAUUGAAAGAUUAACUGAGAAAAGGAAUGGCAUUUACAAAAUGUUAAAGACUAGAUCAGAAUUGCCCAAAAUGAUUCAUGUUGUGAGUUGUACUGAUGAACUAACGGGGGUCAAAGAUUUUCGUGAUCUGUUGGUUAGAAAAUUAAAAGAAGCAGAGGAGAGACCAUUACCUGACCCUUGGUGGAAGUAUCUACAGAAAAUCUCCAAGUAUCCAGAAAAGAUCUUGUCUUUGACAGAGGCCCUGCGGAUCUUUAAAAGUGUAAUGAAUGAAUUAAAGCAAAGUAUGAUUUCAUUGGAAGGAUCAGCAGAUAAGAGUCUGGAAAUGGUGCUGAAAUAUCUUCAUGCUACUGGAGAAAUAAUGUGGUAUGCAGACAAUCCCAAACUGCAAAAAAUUGUGUUCCAUCAUCCAGAAACAUUGGUAGAAAUGUUGCGUGCAAUAUUCAAACAUGAUUUUGAGAAGGUGGUGGUUUUCAAUGAGGUUUUUGGCCAAUUAGCUGGCUUAAACCAAAAGAAAUUUGAAGCCAUGAAAGAAGACUUCCUCACAAAGGGAUUAAUGACACUGGAACUACUCAAUUUCUGUCUUUAUCACUUCAAACUUACUCCAGAAGCUCGGGACACUUUUGUUGAUCUCAUGUUGAAAUUUGACCUCUGCUAUGAAUUACCCUCUAGUCUACUAACUAACUACACAUCAGCUCGUAUUUUGAGAUUUCCAUGGUUUUUAAGAACUGAGGCAUCUAACGAAGUGUUCGUGAAGUGGCCAACUAAAACACCAAGAAACAUUAUAGAGCUGUCCUUUCAAUUUGUGUUUCCAUCCAAAUCCCCACCAAAUUUCUUUGAAAAACUGUCUUGCAGACUGCAGACUCAUGUGUUAAAACGAGAGGAUUGGAAAAAUGGAGUUCUGGCUUUCAUGAAUAAAUCCAGGAUUUUGUUGACACGUGAGAAGAAGGAUGGAGGGACUGUGAUACUGGUGUCAGUCCGCGGCAGCGACCUUCAGGAACUCUGGGGUCUUCUUUUGAAAAUCUACCACGACAUGAAGUGUCUGUUACUAGAGUGGCCCCUCGUACAUGUGGAGCAGAAUUUGCUGUGUUCCCACUGUGUGCUGCGGGGGGAUAAUGACCCAUUCCUGUACCCCGCAGAAACCUAUCUGGAGACCAUUUGUCCCAAGAAUGUGUACCAACUACAGACCUGUCAGAAGUCCCCUAAUACCAACAUUCCUGCUUGUCUGAUCAUCCCACUUGAUGCAGCAUUCCAGGAUGGCAUGGGACCUCAUAUAAUUGUGUUGAAGGAGUUCCUAGCCAGCCUGGAGGACACGGUGGAUGGCAUGGGGUCAGGCAUUCUGACGGACUUUGGCUUGAUGUAUGUUGCGGCCAGACUUGGAGCAGAAUGGUCACUAGUGGUCAGCCAUCUUGGUUUGAAACAAGCAGAAAUCGAGCAGAUACAGUUAGAUAACCCCUAUAAAACCAUCAACCAGAUCAGUAUUGCACUGCAGAGGUGGCGAGAUCGGCAGAAGGAGAGGGCAGAUAACACUCUGCUAAAACAGCUGUUUGACGCACUAGAUGAGACUAAUUACAAGAACCUGUGGGAUGAGAUAGAAGAAAAAAACAAGAAAGGAGAUUUAAUUCCUUUGACGGAUUCUGGCUUGAUGUAUGUCGCGAAGAAUCUUGGAGCAAAUUGGUCACUGGUGGUCAACCAUCUUGGUUUGAAAGACGCAGAAAUCCAGCAGAUCCAGUUAGAUAACCCCUACAAUAUCGAAAACCAGAUCAGAAUUGCACUGCAGAGAUGGCGAGAUCGGCAGGAGGAGAGGGUAGAUAUCACCCUGCUAAAACAGCUGUUUGACGCACUAGACACAUGUAGUCGCACGGACCUGCGGGAUGAAAUACAAGAAAAAUACAACAUAGCAGAUGGAGAUCUACAGGGGAAUUUAUUCCCAUUUUGAUAAGUAAAUGCUAUGUGAAAUUUGAACACACAUUACAGUGUUAAAAAUACACAUACUGUUCAAGUUGUUCAUAAUUGACUCUCUACAGCUGUGCUGAAGUGUCUUGCUCAUCAUUGUACAGAGUGUCAUGUGUAUCUCCAUGUGAUGAGGAGGGUCCAUUGAAAUUCUCUCAAAAUGUGUGCAAUAGUUCACUCACUCUCUUCCUAUCAUACGUGUAUGUGAAACUCAAGGGGCUUUUUCCUUGCUGCUUUACAUAGAAUCAAGAAAAUCAGGGUUUGAAAUAACUGUUAAAUUUUGUGAACUUCUAUACAAAAUGUAUUGAUAUUUGUUUGCUCAGCAAAGUUGAUGGAAUUAUUUGCAAGCUUUACUUUGAUUUUUGUCUAUGAUGAUUAAUCUUGUACAGGAAUUAAUAUUUAAAAAAUUAAAAGAUACCUUUUUUAUUAAAAAAAAAGUGCAUUUUUUACUAACUGUCUUGCACAUGAAAUGUGCAUUUCAUGUAUUGUUAAAAUUGUUUAUAUAAAAACUAUAGAUAACCCUCUGAUUCUUCUUUUUUACAAUUAUGAAGUGCUAUAUCAGUGUUGUGAAGAACAACUUUGUAUUUUACUGUAGAGAAAUGAGUACAAAAAAAUUAAUAUCCAUAUUCAAUUGCAUGUGAUUUCAUUCGUAACAGUAAGUGUUGGUAUUUAUUGUUAGAAUGAUGAUAUUAUUGAAAUGGUAUUAGUAGAUUAUUAAAAGGUACGUGUAGUACAUGUAAUA